AACUCACUCGACCAGUGCUCCCACUCACUCACUCGCUCUACAAAUCGAGCAUUCAGUGUUCACUAUCACACGCGCCGAGAGAGCCAAGAGCGCGAUCUGUCUGCCUCUCAUUCAUCCCGGUGAAGGCUGCCCCACACUUUCUUCUGCUCUUCCUCCCCCUCUCCUCACCUCUCCUCUCUCCCCUCCCCUCACGCCGGGGGUAGCUGACUUUUUGAUGUUGUCUUCUCCCCUCCGCGGUGCCUUUCGCUCGGAGUAGUAGUGGAUGAUAUCAGCAGAGCUCCGUGUCUUGUUUUCUCCGCGAUACUACGGACUGGAGGGGAGACGAUAGAGGACACGAGCAUCACGACAGUUUUCUUUCUUUCUUUCUUUCGUGGACGAGGACGUCGCAGUUUAGAAAUUAAAGAAAAGAUAUCCGCACCGAGCGGCGCUGACUCCCCGUUAAGUUUGGACGGAUUUUACGCACAGGUGCGCUAAAGGAUUUGAGACAGGCAGUUGGCGGAUGGUUGUGGGUUUCGUGGAGAGGAGCCACUGCCUCUGCGCAAGUCUCAGAUGAAGAUGAAGUCUGCGGGCGUCGUGGAUGGAGGCUUGUUCACAGAGAGCUAUUGUAACAUCUGCAAUGCCCAGCUCAUCUCCGAGUCCCAGCGCACCGCUCACUAUGAGAGUAAGAAACAUGCUAACAAGGUUCGCCUGUUCUACAUGCUUCACCCUGAAGAUGGAGGACCUCCUUCCAAAAGACUGAGGCCGGAUAACCCAGACUGUGCAGAGACAGAAGUGGACAGAAACAAGUGCUGUACCUUGUGUAACAUGUUCUUCACCUCCGCCAUUGUGGCCCAGUCCCACUAUCAGGGCAAAACCCAUGCCAAGAGAGUCCGUCUGGUGCUGGGGGAGCCACCCACCCUACCCACAGCCAUGGCCAGCCCUACAAACGCAGAUUCCUCUCCUUCCACUCCGCUGCCCGCAGACCCCGCUGCCUGCCCCCCUCCUCCCGCGGCCCUACCCUGGCCCAUGGCGGUGGUCAGUGGAAACGGAGGGAGAGAGGCAGGAAAGUAUUGCUGCCUGUGUGGAGCCUGGUUCAACAACCCCCUGAUGGCUCAGCAGCACUACGAAGGCAAGAAACACCGCAGGAACGCAGCCAGGGCACGCCUCCUGGAGCAGCUAGCAGGCAGUCUGGAUGCCACGGAGAGCACAGGGCUGCGCAGUAGUUACUCUUGCAGUGUCUGCAGUGUGGUCCUCAACUCCAUCGAGCAGUACCAUGCACAUCUCCAGGGCUCCAAGCACCAGAAUAACCUGAAGCAACACCAGCAGUAAGCCACCGAGACAGGCCACUCUGGAACGAAGAACAGGAGAUGAAGACAGAGAUUACUGGAAUAAACAACUUUUUUUUUCAAAAAAAAGAGGACUUUUGUAAGAAAGCCGAAGAGAAAGUAGCGCAGAGUAACUUCAGUAUGUGUGUCCGUGUACGUGUGUUUGUGCGUGUGUCUGCGCACACAUCUGCAGUAAGCGUGUGUGGGUCAUUGUGAGUGUGUUAAUUUCUAUCUUUAUUCUAAAAAAUAUAUAUAUCUUCAAAAUUUAUUCAGCACCUUGUGUUUGACGAAUUCAGCCAUCAGAAGACCUGAGGCUGCUUAUUGCCAUGUAACUCUUGUGUGAACCACAAUCCUAAAAUUGAACUGAUGUCAGUGCGUUGACCAGAGUGAUAAUAACCAUUGCAAUGAUCGUCACAGAAAAGCAGGACUAAUAACUCUGUAACCAACAGUCCCCCAAGUGCUCUGACAGUGAUUCGAGUCAAGUUUUUUGUUUCUACAUGUAUUCAGUAUGCGGUGAUGCUGAUGGUGGCACAAGCCUGGCUCACUUUCAGACCACUUGAGACCUACUCAGGCCCAGACUUUCAAAUCCAAGGACGAGAAAACUCCCAAUGACCUCAGCCAUUACAGAUUGCAUGAAUUUCCACGACUUCAAAAAGCUACUUUCGGUUCGAAUCUAGUGUCAUCUGUCAUUGUGUCGGAUUGGUCUAUUUGAAGCCCAUCUUCAUAUUUUCAUACAAUCAAAACCCGGAGAUAAAAGAGCGAGAAAAGCAGCAAAGAGACUUUAAAAUUCCAGUUCUCAAGAGAGUCUGUGCAACGUUGUGAAUCAUCUACUGUUGAAAACAUUCCCACAGCACUAAAUACUGAUGUCAGAUGCUGUCCGGAGGUGACUAAACUUCUCUCUGCGAAGGGCAACAUGUAGAUAUUUUUUUUUAUUUUUCUGUUGCUAUGGCCAGAGGAGGGGGGGAAAAAAACAACUUGAUUCCCAAUCCAUGUAGCAGCCAAUGUACAAUACAACUGGGAUGUAAUUCAAUGCAUGCAAAAUGUACAACGUUGCAUUCACUUGCCUUUUUGAAACCCAUUUCUUGCGCGUUUUGGCAAUAGAGCUGCUUUCUAGUGAUAGCUUCGUAAUGCAUUACUGGACAUGCUUGUAACUGACCAAAGAGGUCACCUUUUAGUGCUGAACUGGCUUCCUCACAACAUCUUAUUUUUUCAUCAAAGAAGUGAAGAAAAAAACUUUCGACCUUUUGAUACCUAGAUAUUAGACUAAUCACCGCUGUAUAACAACCUCAUCUGUAGUGUCUUCAGAGUGUCUGAAGUGUGUUUGUAGCACCAUAAGACGAGCAAAGAGAAAACGAGCUCCACUUUCCUGUGCUGGCACUGAGAUUGGCCCUGAGCAACAUUUCUCUUUAAGAUGAAAAACACAGCACUCAAUGCUAAGCUAUUCCUCUGUUAGUUCUUGUUGGUUCGAGCUGUUUUUUUUUUCUCUGUAAACACAUUAAAAAAAUGUUUUAUAUUUUCUGCUUUGUUCAUUUCAUGGUGAGGACAGUGAACUACACACGACCUGAUUUGAAAACUGUUUUCGUUCUAUGGACCUAUGGAUGGUUUUUAUGCAAUCACGCUGUAAUAUUAACAACCAUACAGUGUGGGUUUGAAGUGAAAUAGUUUAACAAAGCAAAAAAUUGGUUUGUGUAAAUAAGCAGUAGCUGCAGGUGAAGUUUGUGUUUUUAGCAGUACAAGAGUUUUGUAUUCAUAGUGUCUAUGUACACUGAGCCACAGAUGAUAAAGUUUCUUAUGAGUAUUAUUGAAAAACACAAAAAGGCCGGCACUGGAAGGGGAAUAAACUGUCUUUUGGAGGGUCGUGUUUCUAACAGAUGGGGAAAAUAAACUCAUUCUGAACCGAGGAGAUGGUGAUGAUGGACCAAAAUCCAGCGAACGGGGGAACAGCGAGCGAUCACAUUCACUAAGAGGGAUUUCGAUAACGGCUGUUUUCAUGAGGAAAACUACAAAGACAGUCCCAUGAGAGCAACAUCACAAAUGACAGCGGAUUCAUAAAACUGCCAAAACGAUGAUGCAGGACUACAAACACUUGGAUUUUAUAAUGCAACCAAACAAAACCAUUAAAAACAAGAAGUCAAAGUUGUUUUCAAAGUGCAUCAUGACUGUUUAGAUUUACACUGACUCCUUUCUCUGCAGCGCUGGUGUGUUCGCAAUAGGAACGAUGCCUGUGUGCCGAUAUCACAGGCUGUGCAGAGGAUGACUGCGCCAUGAGUCACAUAUUUUAGCAGAUGUUGCAUAAUAUAUGACGGAGAUGUAUCUAUGGGUAGGAAUUCUGUGAUAUGAUGCUUGCGGGCGGGUGUAUCUGUAUGUGAAGCUGUCAACUGCACUGGCAGCGGGAGACUUGUUGCGAGCUGUGUACGGUUAGCGCAUUUGUAAACACACCUGAUGAUGAAUAUAAUGACAACUAUAUUCAUUUUCUCUUGCAAAAAUCCA